AUGGUGGCGGCCGCCGCCGCACCGCCAUCGACCGCCGCCGCCGCCAGGCCGCCCUCCGCCUCUGCUGCCGCCUCCCCGGCCCCGCUUUCCGCGAGCGGCGGCGCAGCUGCUGCCGAGGCGGCUGGUGGGGACGGGCGGAGUGGCGUGGUCGGCGGCGCGGGCGGCGCGGGCGGCGCGCGCGACCGCCGCCGCGACGGCGCAGGUGCGGGCGAGGCGUCGGGCAAGGCGGCGCUGGAGGCGACGAUUGCGCAGGAGGAGGAGGAGAUGAUAGAGGAGCUUCUCGACGACCAGGGCAUCCAAGACUACAUGUGGUCUGACUGA